AGCGGAGGCCGUUGGAAACACUUCGGCUAAUUCAUGAAAAGCAUAUUUUCUAUUUCAGUUUUAUUUAUUAGUCAUAAAGAUUCUUUUAAACGAUAUUGCAGUUACUUUUUCUUAGGAACAGGAUUCAAUCCACUUUUGGAUGUUUCUUCAAUCAGCGAGAUCUGAGCGUUCGAACAUUCCGACUAACCAUCCUUCCCAAAGCUCGACUUCUAAAAAAUAUUCACUGGCCUGGCGGUUGGGCAUAAAAAAACAAAUCCAGAAACAAUAGGCUCAUGUGUCCACUGUGCAGAUUGAAACACUGAUCUUAAAAAAGACUGGACCGAGUUUUUCCUGGCCAGCGUUGAUCUCAUAUUGCAGUGCCAAUGUUACAAUCUCGCCGUGUUGCUUGAGACUAGAGAGCGAUCAUUUUAGUUUAACCUGCUUUUUCAUAGCAAAAUUCAAAAUAACCAUUUUCCCGUGGUAUUAGGUUCAGUGGAGAAGAAUCAACUGUUCACUCGUUUUUCUAGGCCUGUUGCUUUUUAGAUUAUUCAAGAAUUAAAUGAUUUAUGCACAAGUAAAAGCGCAGCUAGGUGUGUGUACCGCUUUACCCACGGCAGCCCUAAGCUUUAGGCGGGAGAGUCCCCAACAUGGAGAGACUCGAUCACAUCCUCGUGCAGAUUUAGGAGAACAAUAGGUUGUUCGAUCCAGCCUUUCUAGAGGAAACAAAAAUUGCUCUGUAAAAUAUGUAGAAAUUAUAGGCCCAGGUGGAAAAUUUUCCCAAAUCAAUAAUAUGUUAAGAAUAGUAAACAAUCCAUGGUUUGAUUCGAAAACAUUGAAUGCAGCGGUCGCUUUAAUAGCUUCCUCAUUGUAUGGUUGGUUGCGAAGUUCCUUUGUAGGUGAUACUUUCUUCCCUUGUUUUCAGAGGAGAAGUUCGAAAAAAACAGGUGCUCUAUUUGUAGAAGAUAAGAUCAUGUGUAAGUUUGUAUUUGGAUGAAAAAGAAAUGUGCAGCGAUCAAAUCCUUCUGUCUAGCAACUAAAAACUAGUUACCAUGGACGCAUGUUUGUCCUAAUAACGAUGAAAGAAGCAUUGUUAUAGCUAACAUUAUUAGGCAAAGAGAGUGGAGGACACAAUGGCUUCGACCAAAACUGUGCUUGUAAUUAUUGCAAUGAUCCUGCUUCUCACUGGUCAGAUACUCCUAUACAGGAAAGCCAAAGAAACGAGUUCAGUCAUUCCUAAACUAGAGUCAUUCAUCGGCAGAUGUAACUAUAAAAGCAUAGAUAAGUAUCUAUUCGACUGGAAAGCAUUGAUGAAUCCGUGUAAAUCUUCAAUGUCAUGGCUAAACGAAAUCUCGAUAGUAGCCAAAGAUAAGUUUGGAACGAAGGCUAAUAUGACCAAGAUAAUCUAUCGCCAGAUCAAUCGAGAAGGACAGUGUAGCACGGUGAUCGUGCAGACAUAUUCAAGGAAUGGGGAACCUAAGAGCAUUGGGGGUGAUUCGUGGCGAGCUGUGUUGCGGGGAAAGGUGGUGCACUUUGCGUUUGUGUUUGAUCGUAUGGAUGGCUCGUAUGAGGUGCAUUUUUGUCCAUUUCAAAGUGGGACAUAUUCUCUGGAAUUAACUCUUGAAUUUUCUUUGUGUGAUGGUGCUAGGGAUCCACCGAGAGGUUGGUUUGAAAAGGGAGAUAUUCACGGCCAUUUUCAAGAGCAAGGAGCUCUUGGAGUAAGCAGCUCUUUUGUUUUAGAUCCCGCAGUCGCAUUGCCGGUCGAGAUUCCAUCUGCUGCUGAUAUAGCAGCUCUUCCAAAGAAACGUCCAACUGAGUCACUGGAAUUUGGUUGUCACCAUUUUACAGAUUUGAAGAUACCUCAAUGCAACAUCAUUUUCGAUAAAUUUGGUAACUGGUAUGGUUUCAAGAAAAAGUACAAAUGGGCAAGCGGUCAUGUUGUUAAUCAAAGCGAGAAGUCAUUGCCGUUCAGACGCUAUAACAAGCUAUGGAUAUACGGGGACUCACUAGGGCAUCGCUGGUGGAAGUCAGUGUCAGGCCAAAUGUUAUGCAAAAAAUUAUUUAAUUUAUGCACGCAUACGUUUACAUACACUUAUGAAUUCAAGGAAUAUGAUUAUACCAAAGUCAACAUUGGAAAGGGUUUCAACGAAGCUAGAUUUUUCGCACCAAUUCACUCAAUUUUUAAUGACUCUGAAAUGAACAAUAGAAGUGUUCUAGUGAUCAACUUUGGCCUUCAUUUGAUUAUCAGUUUGAACUUUUCGCAGUGUCAAAAAAUCAUUGAUAGAUUUGCUCAAAUUGUAAGCGAUCUAAAGACGAAAAGGAAUCCUGCUUUAGUGCCAUUAAUUAUUUGGAAGACGACAACAUUUGCUCCAUUAGAACAAGGCAAAUUCCGAACUAAAUCGCAUUCUCGGUUCCUUACAAACCAAAGAAUUCGACUUUUUAAUGCUUAUACGAACAUGAGACUUUGUUCCGAGGGAAUACCCAUUUUUGAUGUGUACCCGGUUACUGCCUCGUAUCCGUUAGGUUCCAUUGACGGUUUGCAUUACCACGAACAUGUGUCGAGUCCUGCAGAAGAGGCUUUGAAAGACUUUCUUGUCAUGAACGCCGGAUAA